UCAAUGACGUGGAUUUUCAUUGAGGCAGUCAGUGCUGCCAAAAACACACAUUAACCAACGUCUCAGAGCUCUCACACCAACUUUAUUCACAUUUAGAAGUUGGGACCAGUCGUUUUAUUUCCUUCGUUUGUCACACUUCAGCGCAGUUUUGUCACCGCUGUGAUAACAGUGUUUGUCUGUCUCGUUAACUGUACAGUGUGUCAGCGCAGACUCCAGGAUGAGCAAAAACAACAAAGCGUUGAACCUGAGGGAUAAAAUCAGCGGUAAUGAAGUGGACCUGAGCCUGUGUAACCUCACCGAGGUGCCAGUCAGAGAGCUGGCUUUAUUCACCAAAGCAACUGUUGUGGACUUGUCUUGCAACAACAUUACCUCCCUCCCUCCAGAGUUCUGCAACCUGACCCACCUGGUGAAGGUGGAUCUGAGUAAAAACCAGCUGACCUGUCUGCCAGAUGACGUGGGGAACCUGACCAGCCUUCAACAUCUGGACCUGUACAACAACAAGCUGACUGUGCUACCUGUCAGCUUCUCUCAGCUCAGGGGUCUGAAGUGGUUGGAUCUGAAGGAUAACCCGCUGGAGGCCGGCCUGGCCAAGGCAGCAGGAGACUGUCUGGAUGAGAAGCAGUGCAAACAGUGUGCCUCCAAGGUUUUGCAGCACAUGAGUGGUCUUCAGGAUGAGGUCGAUCGUGCACGAGAGAAACGCCUCUUGAGGGAAAAAGAGCUGGAAAGGAAGCGGGAGGUGAAGCAGAGGGAGCGGGAGGCCAGAGAGAAGGAGGCACGUAAACGGGAGAAAGCAGAGGAGAAGGAGAAAAGAAGGAAAGAGUACAACGCUCAGAUGGCAGCUGUGGCUGCACGGGAACAACAGAAGAAGAAGAGCGAGGAUAAGAAGAAGAAAAAUGGACAAGCAGCAGGUGAGACUAAAGCAGAUAAAAAGGUCGUUGAGCAAUCAGCACCUAAACCCCGACGCUCUCUCAUUGGCCUGAUGUUCAAGCUCCUUCUCCUGCUGCUCCUGGGAUUGGCCGGAGUUGCCGCUGCCUGCCGACUGACCGACUUGCAGAAGGAAGCUGUGUGUGUGCCAGUCAACGUCGCCCUGGAUGACAGCCUAUCCUGGGCCAAAGAGCAGGAGGGCGUGGUCAGACAACUGGUGCAGAAUCUGUCAUCUGCAGCAAAGGAGUUCCUUGAAUCCACACAAGCGCCUAAGAACUAAACUCUCUCAUCUGCUGCCAUCAACUUCCAGAGCUGCAGGUUUUCCACUCCCACCUGUGAAUCCUGGGAUUUUUUUUUUUUUUAUGCUGAAGUCAUGAAUCUCAUUAAUUAUGGGCAAGGCUGCGUCCCCUCACCCUGUCUGUGGUGGUGGGAGGUGAAGAGUCUGUACAGAUGGACAAAGGGGGAUGGACAGAUGUGUUCAAAUCAUCUUAGAUUCCUAUGGAAUUGUUGUCGCUCUUGUACCCUCUUUGUACUACAGCCUGUUUUUAAAAAAAAUUCAUCGUCUUAAAUGUCUCCCCUUCGACCAUGUUCUGCACUUUAACCAGGUUUAUGUGUAGGUGCAUGACGUGGAGCGCGGGGUGUAUUUAAGAGGUGUUCAGUGAAAUGUCAGGUGGCCCUGUCUGUGCUGCACUAGAGCGUCGAGUCACAUGUUAACUGCCAGUCAGAGUUGUCCAUAAGCUGGUGUCAGAUGUGGCAGUCUGAGCAUGUGCAGUGAAGGCUGUGUGAAUGUAGAGCUCACCCGUCUGUGGCCUCCUCUGUCCAUAAAGUCUUACAUCAGUCAAACCAGCUCAAUCUCACAACGUCUGGCAUGCAAACUAGAGCCCAACUGAUACAUGAGAGCAUCUCUAUCAUAUCACACAUAUAACAGCAUCCAGCACAUAUCGGCUAACCUACAGCACUACAGAAAUGCCAAAGAUAUGUUCGAGGUCAUUCAAAGGUCCAGUUUGUAGGAUUUGGGGCGAUAUGUUGGCAGAAAUGGAACACAAUAUAAUAAAUGUUUUCUUUGAGUGAAUAAUCACCUGAAAAUAAUAAUCAUGUUUCUGUUGAAUGAGCUGUUUAUAUCUACCUAGGGAGCGUUUCCUCGUUUAUGGAGAUCGCCAUGUUGCACCGCCAUGUUUCUACAGUAGCCCAGAGCAGAUAAACCAAACACUGCCUCGAGAUCGGGCGAUUGCGUUCGGGUCGGCCACCGUAGUUAGAAGCCCAUCUGUGAUGAGAGGUGAAGAGGAAAAAAAACGAAUCAGUGACAUGAAACUGCUUUUUUCAGUGUUUUUGCCAGUUUAGAUCAAUUUUUUUUUUUUUUUAAAAGCUAAAGAAAAGGUGAGCACGUGACAGCAGGUGCUGCGCUAGCGACCCUCCUCACUAGUUAGAAAUUCAUCUGAUUAGCAGUGACGGAAAAAUGCUAAAUUGUUCUUGAAACUUCUUUAUUCAGUGUUUUUAUCGGUUUAAAUCACUGGAUGCGCUUGUUUUGGAGAGGAAAAGACCUCUGCUGAUUAUUUGAACUAUAAACACUGAAGGAAUUCUAACCGGGUGAAGUUUCAGCUGGUUACAGUCUGCAAUCCUCGCCACGAGGUGUCACUAAAUCCCCCUAAAUCUUACACACUGGACCUUUAAAAACUGUUGUCUUUACAUAGUUUGUUCAGCAGAGAGCAAAAUUUACAAAUGUAGUUAUUUAUUAUUUUAUUUUAUUGUUAUUUCAAUAGAUUAAUUGACUCUCUCCAAUUUAAGAAAAAAAAAUUAACAUAACAGCCAAUAAAUCAUCUGAUUUAACACAAUUAUUUAUCUGUAUUGGCCUCAAAAAUCAGGUAUCAGUAGGGCUCUAAUGUACCCCCUCCGCUCCGCUCCCCACUGUGCAAACUAUAUUAAAAAGGACCAUACCAACAGUUUUGCUUGUGUUCGUCCCAUUGAUAGAAAUUCUGUCUACAUAACAGAUACCCAGUUUUACAAAUCAGGCUGUUGUGUGUGAAAUAUUUGGACACAUUUUUCCUUCUUUCCCUACACUCACUGGUUUCCAUUCAUUCCCAUUACAGUUUGAAAAGUUAUAAGACUCUUGGAGACGUUCUAAAAAUUACUACGAGACAUUUCAACUUAAAUCUGCAGUUAAACAGUAAACAAAAAUACUGGAGCUUCAACACUAAUAUAUCCAGACUUGAUGUUCACUGUGGUGGAUCACUGGAUUACACACCUGAUUUUUAAUACUACACAGACUAAAUGGAAACCAGUUGCUGCAUGGAAGGCAGGACAAGUACAAAAAUAGCAGUAAAAGUUAUCUAUAAUAAAUUAAACAUGUUUUGUUGUUAAAGGGGGUAUCACUUGUAAAAAUGGUGGUAUGGUCCUUUUUUCAAAAGUGCAGUGGUUAAAGUAUUUAACUUCACUUUCCCCAAAUCAUCUGUUAUAAUAAGGACCAACGGUUGAUAUUAAACUAACAAUCCAAAGUCUGUAAUGCCUUUCUUCUUGUAAUCUGUUAACUGUUCAUGAAGAGAAACCGGCCAAAUAUUUUACGGUUGUUUCAGAUAACCUGAUGACUCUUGAAAUGCAACUUGUUUUCAUUGUCUGGGCGUCUGCCUCUGCUGCUGUGGUUCUUGUACAGCUUUGUCCACGCUCUAAAACACUGUCAGCGUUAAUAAAUGGCUAUGCACUGCAAAAGA